AUGUCAAUAUUUUCAACAUUAGACAAAAGUUCUCAAAAUCUGGCUGAAUUUUGGAAAUCCUACAGCAAUAUCAAUUUAACCCUUCAAGAGCUGCAUCGGGGAAAACUUUUGGAGGUAAUAGACAUUGGUGUUGCUAUAGAACGAAAUUUUGUCCUAACAAAAAAACAUUUAAUAAAACUGGAUUUAUCAGAAAAGCCAGAAAUGAUAGCAUCGCUUGAGUGGAAGCUAAUAUCAGCUUUUCAAGAAAAUCAGAAAAAUAAUAUUAGAUUUGGGUUCACCCUCGGAUGUAAAAACGCUGCGAAAGAUUUUUAUGUCGAAAAUGAAGAAGAACUUAACAAAUGGAUUAGCUAUAUAUCAAAAAUUGGUAUAAUGACAGACAUUGAAGACUCAUAUACACUUGAAAAAAAUAUCGGGAGGGGUGGGAACUCUACAGUUUAUUUGGCAAAAAGCGUUACAAGCUCAACAAUGUUCGCUGUGAAAUCUAUUUCAAAAAGCUUGACUACUCAAAGCAUAGAAUCAAUUGCAAGUGAAAUUAA